AUGGGAGCGAAGGCAGAGUCAGGAGUGGCGGUGGCGGUGGAGGAGAUUGAAGGCUCGGGCGUGGGCCUCGUGGCGGUGGUGGCGGUGGAGGAGGAGGUGGUGGUGGUGGUGGCGGUGGAGACCCCGCGCCAGAGAACCGGAAAAGGGAGCCUAUCUGAAGAAGCAGCCCUAGCCACUCAGGCAAGAAGCCGUAAGCCUCCAGAGCCGCACCCAAUCCCUUCCCACAGAGCCUCACCUCGUCCAAAAUCCACCGCAGCUCCACGGUGGUCAACGAUCGAGAAACUGAGACAGGGUAGCACCCGUCGGCUGGAGAAGACAAACAUCGGAGAAGACGUCUUCGGCCUUGUUCAGUCACUCCGCCUGAGCUUUGACCUGUGCAGCAGUCCCCCAUCCAGCCAGUCAUCCCCAGCCGCUGCAACUGGAUUUCGUGGGCACACUAGCCACCCGAUUGCAAGCCCGACCUCAAAUGUGCCAGAUUUCAACAGCCAUCCGUUGCACCGCCGUCAGUGCCCCAACCUUCCAUCACCCUCGUAA